AUGCUCGCCAACUAUUUAUUGGUCUUCUGCAUUUCAUUCGGGCUUGUCCUUGGCAGUAUGGAGAAUGAGGGAAAAACCCUGAGGGACUUUUUAGACUGCCAGAAUAAGGCCACCAUGCAACUGGUAACAGUCAUCUGGUAUUCUUCAGUGGGAAUCCUGUUUUUACUGGCAGGACAGAUUUUGAAGAUGAGAGACCCUUAUGAGACAGGUCACGGAGUUGCAAUGUAUACUCUGACUGUGAUCACAGGCCUGUUAAUCCACAGCUUCUUCACUCUUCCCCUCAUCUAUUUUGUCAUCAGUAAGAAUCCCUUCAGGUUUGUGGUUGGUCUGCUCAAGGCUCUCACCACCGCCUUUGGGACUUCAUUCAGCUCUGCAACCCUUCCUGUAACUUUCCACUGUAUUGAGGAGAAUCACAGCAUGGACAAACAACUGACACGCUUCAUGCUGCCAAUCGGGACCACAAUGAACAUGGAUGGUGCAGCACUCUAUGAUGCUGUAACUGUUUUCAUAGCGCAGGUUAAUAAUAUAGAGUUUAACCUAGGUCAAAUCAUUGUCCUCAGUUUGAUUGUCACAGGUGCAAGUACUGGUUCGGCAGGCAUCCCACAGACUGGCAUGGUAUCCAUGGUGAUUGUGUUGGCAUCAGCUGGACUGUCCACUCAAGACAUAUCACUGCUCAUGAUGGUUGAUUGGAUUCUAUAAUCAAAUCAACUUGUUGACAGGUAUCAUUUGAGGACUGCCACCAAUGUGCUGGGUGACUGUAUUGGUGUGGGUGUGGUGCAACACCUGUCCAAACAUGACUUACAGAGCUGUGGUCCUGCUUGGUGUAAGAAAGCUUAG